AUGGAACAUUUUAUUUGCCUUGCUAAUUGUCGAGGGCGUUCGGAUCCACCUUUACCUGCCAACUACUUUGGAAAUUGUCUAACAUCAUGCAGGACUAAAGAAAAAACUGCAAAGUUGAUUGGAGAAUAAGGAUUUGCUAUUGCAGUGGAGUUAAUUCGAGAAGCCAUUCAUCGGAGAUUGAAGGACAAGGACGCACUCUUCAAUACUUCCGAAACAGAAACGAAAGAAUUUGAGAGUUUAAACUGGGACAGAGUUGUAACGGUGGCUGGCUCACCAAGGUUCAAUUAUUACGAUUUGGAUUUUGGGUGGGGAAAGCCUAUAAGGUUUGAGUUUGUUUCAAGUGAUACGGAUACGGGGGGCAUUUCUCUUGUGGGUGGAGGAGAACCUGAUGGAGGUGUUGAGGUUGGUCUAUCCCUCCUCAAGCCCAAAAUGAAUGCUUUUACUUCUAUAUUUAAUGAUGGUCUCGAUGCUUUGUAA